CCGGGGCGCACAUUUAAAAAUGCACGAUGGGCAGGCGGACAAUGAAACGAGCGGGCGCCCACAUGAAAUGUUGCAGCGGGCUGGGUGCACGUACAUUCACACACACAGGUGAAACCGAGGCUGGGUUUCCGGGGCGAGUGACGUCUUCUGGUAACGAAGUCUGGAGUUUGCGGGUCGUUAAGAGGGUAGGGUGCGCGAGGACGCGCUGCGGGUGGGCGGAGGAGUCGGGCACGCGCAGCCGCCAGUAACCGGCUGGAGGCCGAACAGUGGCGGCUGGAGGCGGAGGAGCCAGUGCUCGGACGAGUUCGGCGAGAGUCUUGAGAUUGGUCCCCGACCUUUCGUAUACCUUACUUCCCCCUUCCAACUCCCUCAUUACGCCCCGGGCCGAUUCAAAUCGCUGCCCUUGGAAGGUCGGGGUGAGCAGCUGGCACAAAACGGACAAGAAACGUUCUUCCGAAAAUGAUCAAGACUCAUCACCGGACGCCGUCCAGAAGCCUGGAGACCGUGGAGGUGAAGAGCAAGUUUGGGGCUGAAUUUCGGCGCUUUUCCUUGGAUCGAUCCAAACCUGGAAAAUUUGAAGAGUUUUAUGGAUUAUUGCAGCAUGUCCACAGAAUUCCAAACAUUGACGUGUUAGUGGGUUAUGCUGACAUUCAUGGGGAUCUGUUGCCGAUAAAUAAUGAUGACAACUAUCUGAAGGCAAUUAAGACAGCAAACCCACUUCUCAGGGUAUUUCUACAAAGAACAGAGGAUGCCGACUAUAGUGCCUUUGGUACUGACACUUUAACACGGAAAAAGAAUGUCUUGUCAAAUGUACUGCGUCCUGACAACCGAAAGAAACUUCCAAUUGCCAUCAGCUUGCCACGUGAUUUCCGCCCUGUCUCUUCAAUCAUUGAUGUCGACGUUCUUCCAGAAACCCAUCGAAGGGUGCGGCUGUAUAAACAUGGAUCUGAUAAACCACUAGGAUUCUAUAUUCGCGAUGGCUCGAGCGUCCGAGUAACUCCCCAUGGAUUGGAAAAAGUCCCUGGAAUUUUCAUAUCUAGAUUGGUGCAGGGGGGAUUGGCUGAAAGCACCGGUCUGUUGGCUGUAAAUGAUGAAGUUCUUGAGGUGAAUGGUAUUGAGGUAUCUGGUAAAAGCCUCGAUCAAGUGACUGACAUGAUGAUUGCAAAUAGUCACAAUCUAAUCAUAACUGUGAAACCAGCAAAUCAAAGAAAUAAUGUGAGGAUCACUCGGACUUCUGGUAGUUCAGGCCAGUCCACGGACAGUGGUACUAGUCAUCCCACUUUUGUGGCAUCCCAACAUGUUGUGCAGAAUUUCCAUUCAGAAGAAGUGGACAGUGAUGAAGAAACAGACAUAGUCAUAGAGGGCAACAGUGAGCCACAGCACAUUCCAGUAGCAGCAUCAACCAGUGCUAGUAUAAUGUCUUUAACAAAAAGUGACAGUGAUCAUGGUUUAACACCAAAUGGUUCUAUUGCCAGCAGUGAAGGAAAUACAUGCACAUUAAUUGCUGCCAUGAAAGUGGAUACUGUGGAAAAGGAAGAUCUGAAUAAACGAAGCAUGGAGGAGGAUGGCACGGUUAUUACACUAUAGGUUUCUUACCCUGCACUUAAAGGGUGCUAAUGAUAUAUGUUUUCAGAGCAGUCUGUUAUGGUUAUUAUGUGCUAUACAGUAACUUUUUGUCAUAAUUUUCAAAGUGUUUCAUGUGUGAAAUGAGCAGCAUAAUGUUAUAACUAGUAUGCAUUUUGAAUACACAACUUGAAAUGGAUGGAGUAGUGAAAUGUUCACUGCUUUGGGGCAGUCCCUUCCAUUUCUGUGUGUAUACUUUUAAAUAGGAGUACUUUUCAGAGAAUUGCAACUUUUACAAAGGAGAAAUAUAAAAGGUCUCCCACCCAAAUAGAUACCUAAAAAAAAAUCUCAUAUGACGAUCUAUUAUUGAUCUGGUAUAUACUCAUUGUAGAACCACAAAGAUCUGACUGUUUACAGUACAAUUCCUAUACUGAUGGUUAUUUUAAUUUUCUUUUCAGAAUAGUUGCACUUAAAUACCAAAACAAUAGCUUUAAUGUAAUGAAUAAUGAUUUCUUAAGCAUGUUUCUUUCCCCCAUCCUUUUUUCAUUUUAGAAGAUUUUUAUGUAUGUGGGCAUGCAUUUGAUAAGGUAGUAUUAACCACUGCUUAAUCCACAGUGACGUCAUAAAAAGAUGGGAUGAGGAAUAAUUGUAAAUUUCAUACUCUAGUAGCUACAUAAUUACUAUACAAUUCCUUCAAAAAAUACACGUUACAGAGACUGAGGUGAAAAGCCUGCCUCUCUGGCUUUUUAAAAAUAUAUAAUUAGUCCUGAUCAAAUAUCCUGUUCAAUUAAAGGAGUAGUGAGGUUUAUUUUAAUUAUGGUUCAAAACAGAACAGUUAAGGUACUAGCAAUACCUAUAGACUAGCUUACUAUAAUUGAUACUUGUACUAUCAAUCCGUGUAAACUUACAAAUUAUUUUGAUAUUUGCUACCAGAGAGUAUUCCUAGCAUUUUUUUAAAAAAUGCAAAUGCCCUCAGAAUUACUGAUAAUGUGAACAUAGGAAUUCUGCAAGGAAAUGAAAGUUGAAGUGCUAGUACUCAGACAAGUUAUUAAAUCUUGUGUUGUUGAAGACUUUAUAAAACUAAAUCAAACAGACUAAAUUGUCAAUGCUCCUAUUAAUUUCAGCAAAGAUUCAUAGCCUGAUGAAACAAAUUGCCACUGUGCUGUAAACUUUUCGAGUAGACACUUCAGAGUUAUGUAGAUGAAAUUCUAACCGGGAUUAAUUCUACUUAAAGCACAAACUGAUGGGGCACCCAGCAACUCUGUUGUUUGGAUAUAAACAUUUUAUUGAUGUUUUUAGAGUUGCCUUUCAUCGAUCUAGAUAAAUACUGUAGAAUAGCAUGGUUCUAAGAAGGAAAAAAAAGAUUCUAUUUAUUAUCCUAAUUCCUGGAGAAUUUUGUUUUCUCAUUUGCUUUGCUUAGUUUGUUGAUUAUUGCUUGAGGCAAACAAGAUUUUUAAAAAUGUUCUUAUUGGGUUCCCAUGAAUACAUUCACAUUUUGUGAAGCCAUGUCAGGUGUGCAAUUGCAAUUACAUUUUAAGUCACAAUUUCAUUCUCCUUGCUCUGCCAAUUUCACAUGUAUUUAAUAUUAACAUCAAACUUGCAGUGCCAUUUUAUAGUAUCCUGUACAAACAUGGGAGGCCUCACUUUUAAUAUCAGCCAGUUUGUAACAGAACAGGAAACAGUUUAGGACCAUUAGAGGGAAAUCUAAUGUGAGGAGAGGGGGUUGUUACUGACCUACUGUGUGCGGGUAAAUUAGUUGUAAUGUAGGUGCUUGCUUGUGUAAUGAUCCUGUGAGAGAUCAUUAAAGAGAAAUCCAGGCACUUAGUAAUCAACUGACCGAGUUACACCAGAAGAUUUCAAAUGUUGAGACAAAAAAACCUUAGUUUUUAAAAAAAUAAACAAAGCAAACACCACUGACUUCAGACAAUAGUUUAUAAAGACUUGUACUCUAAAUUCAGUUCUCCUAAUUACUCCCUCUGCUCUAUCCUUCCCAAUAUUAGAUUUGAUAUAUUAGAUUGAAAGUUCAUUCAGUUUCCCUGGAACCAACUUUCAAACUAGGUGGUUGUCUAGAGUUCUCCUUAAUUCUCAUUUUCCAAAGUAAUAUUUUAUGAGGAUCCUUCCAUUAGUUCUUUUGCUUAGCAUCCUCUAUCUUGAACUUAAUUCAUUACUACUGUCUCUGCUGUUUGCUUUGGUUGCCAGCAUAUAUCCAACUGCUGUCUCACAGCUUUCAAAUUAAAUUGUUAACAACUCUGCCACAAAAUUUGGUGAAGACCACACUAGAUUUAUUUCUCUAGCUACAAACUAGGGAUUACUUCAGCCUCCCUUCCUAGUUUAAAAAAAAACAAUUGAGUUUGAACUUGAUGUACCUUCCACAUUUGCUUAAAAGAAACUAAUGUUUCUUUCUUUUGGCUUUUCCACCUCAAUGAGCUGUGUUCUACAAUGUGGAUGGCAUAGUGGUUAGCACUACUGCUUCACAUUGCCAGGGACCAGAAUUUGAUUCCAGCCCCGAGCGACUGUGUGCCUGCAUUCUCCCCAAGUCUGCAUGUUUCCCCCGGGUGUUUUGGUUUUUUUCACAGUCCAAAAGUGUGCAAGUUAGAUGGAUUGACCAUGCUGAGCUGCUCAGUGUCCAGAGAUGUGUGGUCUAGGUGGAUUAACCAUGGUAAGGGCAGGGUGGGAGGAUGGGUUUGGUUAGGAUGCUCUUCAGAGGGUUGGUGUGGACUCAGUGGACCGAAUGGCCUCUUUCCACACUGUACUAUGCUAUGUUUCCAUGUUCUACACCAAAUACCCAGAUAACUUAAGAGUUUUUAUCACCAGAGUCAAUUUCUGUGACUAAGGGAUAUCCUCAACUGAAUGUAAGUUCAUUAUUUUACAAUAAAAAUAAUCCCUUAAUUCUGUAACUCAUAUGAAUAUUUUAGAUCUCAUGAAGUUUUAUGACCAUUUUUGUAAGAAGGUUAAUUUCAAGUUUUUUAAUGGGAAUAACAAUAGACCAAGAAGUCUAGAAAUGGGUCAUCUGUUAUUCUAGUGUUUACACUUGUUUCUUUGAAGGUCAGAAAUAACUUGCAUUAAAAGCAAAUUACUGUAGAUGCUGGAAUCUGAAACCAAAAGAGAAAAUGCUGGAAAAUCUCAGCAGGUCUGGCAGCAUCUGUAAGGAGAGAAAAGAGCUGACGUUGAGAGUGUAACGGACCCUUUGUCAAAGCAAAUAACUUGGGUUAGUUUUUAACUAUAAUUCCAAGCUUGUUUGAAUGAAGUUACCUCAGGGUUGCCCAUCAAAUUCACCAUCAGGUAUCCCCAUUUAUACAGUUAAACUUAAAUUUCUGAAAUUAAAAGUUUUUAUUCUCAAACAUGAGAUAUGAACUAGAUAUUCACAAUAUCUGGUUGUGGUACACUUAUCUAUCUAUCUAUGUCUUUUAUAGAAUACUGCAACAUCUUUGUUUGGAUACUGUCCAGUUGCUUUACCAAGCUAAAAAUCUUAUCAAAAGAACAAAUUGCCUUGAAACUAAAAUAUAUGUAUUUUUUAAAAAAUGCAUUUUUGUUAUGCAAGAGCAUUUCUUCAAGUCUGUCAAUGUGGUUUAUGGUCUACACUUAUAUUCUGUUAGGAUCAGGGUGGUAACAAACUCAUCAGGUUUGUAACAAGUCUGCAAGAGAAUCUGCUCCAAAUUCUGCAGAAUUUUCAUGGAAGCAGAUUUUCUGGAGUCUCCUCUAGGUGCCCUUAAAGGUGUUAAUUAAUUUGGAAGAAUAGCCAAAGAUUCAAGCCACCUGGCAACAAUAAAUCUAUAUUAUGCAGAUCCUGCCUUCCACUGAGACUACCGAUUUGCUUUAUUUGACCAAGUCCUUGUUAGCAUUUAAGCGUACCACUUUGAAAAUAUAAAUGUUUCCAUUUACUGUUUUAAUAUUAAUUACCAUUCUAAUUCAAAUUAGCCUAAACAUUAAACUAGGUCUCUAAAUGCUCAAGAAAAAUAUUUUUCUAGGACAGACCUUAAUGAGCUUAAUAGUUUUUGAGGCUUGAUCCAGGUGCUGUCUGAAUUUGCCAUUUAAAAAAAAUCAUUUUUAUGAAGUUUAUAAGAGCAAACAUUUUGUCCUAUUAUUCCGCAUUAAACUGACUCUGAAUAUCCAAACUUCUAUGUUUUAAUAUAAUAAUACUAAAGUGUGGUGUUAAAGGGACAUCACAUCUACUACAGGAUGCAGAGAAGAUUUUAACUGUAGACUGAGUCGGCUACUCUUGCCCAGCUGCUGAGAAUGAAGCACCAUUGGAAGCAGAAUGUUUGAUGUGACUUUUUACUUGGGGCUGAAGCAUGAUCAGUUAGCUAGACAGCUGGUUUGCGAUGCAGAGUGAUGCCAACAGUGAAGUUUCAAUUUCCAGACAGGCCAAAGUUAGCACAAAGAAUUUUCCUUCUCAGUUUCUUGCCUGAAGUGUGGUGAUUCUCCGUUUAAAUACUUCCCGUCAUCUAAUGAGAGAACAUUAGUCCGGUAAGACUUUACCUUUUAAGUCUUUUGUUCCUUUGCUACUGGGAUGCAUACAAUCUAUCAAAUGCCCUUCUGAAACAAAAUGUUGAAUCCUUACUUGUUUGCAAAUCUAAAUAGUACAUACAUUUAUAAAAGCCAGCAAAUAAUGAAUUUGCUGAAAAUCAUCUGUAUUAAAAUCCAUGAUGCUGGCAAAAGUCAAAGUAAAUAACAAUUAGUAUUUAAGCUUAAUUAAAUUGAUGACUGUGUCAGGUGGUGGGUUUCCUCAUAUGAAUGUCAUACAAUUUUAUACUUUAAAGCCAUCAUAAAGAAACACAUUUUUAUUUUGAAGUAUUAUUGUGUUAAAAAUUUGAGCUUUUGAAGAGUUCAUACUUUUCUCAGUAGCCUCAAAUACAUCACAAAUUACGAAAUGCAACUUGAGAGACUUCAGUUUAAAUCUGGACUGAUUUGACCUUCUGACUUUAAGUUGGUAAUGAUCCCUCACUUUUUAUUUAAAUACAUACACCUUAGUGAGCAAAGAGUUCUUUCUUCUAUCCAGGCUAAACCAACAAUUGAAUAAGAUAAAAUGUGAGCAACAUUUGAAGUGAGAAAAAUAGGAAAUAUUUUCUAACUGCAAAUCGGCAUUUAAAAAUUGGAAUACUUUGUUUAAUGCAGGCACAUAUACGGUAUGUACAUUAUACAUCCAUGUAGUAAAGGUUUCUUUUGAAGUAAUCGAGAAUUUUGUAGCAAUUUGCCUAAAAUGCUGCCUCACUUUGCACACUUUGAAAAUCCCUGAUAAAAACUGAAAGAACUGGGAAUGCUGUAAAUCAGAAACAAAAACAGAAGUUGCUGGAAAAGCUCAGCCAGUCUGGCAUCAUCAGAGAAGAGAAAUCAGAGUUAAUGUUUCGGGUCCGGUGAGUCUGUCUUAGAACUUGCUUAUUGUUUUGAAUAUUGCUCAGAAUAUGCUUAGUGUUCUGUGGAAGGAUCACCAGAUCCGAAACAUUAACUUUGAAGAUCCUUGAUUUGUUUUUCCUUUUCACUCUCCUAGUUUCAUAAGUUUUAAAAUCUAAUUUUAAAAAUAAUGAUUUGCUGUGCAAACCUAACAGUAAGUAGGAUCAGUCAUGUGCUGUUUCUAAUGACAAUGCUACUGAUAUAUUUAAUUAUCUUAAUGCAAGUUGGCAUUUUUUAAUUUGCUGAAUCUAAUAUGCUUAGUAAGGGUCUGAAAUAUGACUAUACAGAAUACAAAAUUUCAGGUAAUUUAGCCUGCUGAAUCUGUGAAAAUAGUACAUCACUUCCUUCCCAGCUAAUUAAUUGACAGCUGCAUGUUGUAUUAAAAAGCAAAAACAAACUAGCUUUACUCAGAGGUGAAGAGUAAGUGUUUCCUUUGCAGCAAAAAAUAUGAUCAGUGUGAAAAAUCACUUUUAAAUUAUAACUCGGCAUGAAACAAAUGAAGGGCAUGAAAUAUAUGAAAGGCACUUGCUUUGAUCUAAUCAUUGUGACACUGGAGAAAUUUUAGAAUUCCUGAACUUGAAAGAAAACCUCUAUUUUUGGUUACUCUGAUGUAAAACAUUCUCAAUGAAGCAUGUUGUUCAGCUUGACAAACUAAAUGAGUGCACAAUCUGAGACUGUGUUGUUCAGGACAGAAAAAUGCUGAUCAAUUCAAUGGCGAACCGCCGAACGGAUCAAAUAUUUUGUAGCAUGUCUGAAGAUAUGCAUUUUGCUUGUGAAUAUACCCUCUACUGGCUUCUCGCUGUACUACAUGUCUUAAUAUGACUGCUGCUGAAUUAUUUGUGGACUAUUUGUUCACUCUGAAACGACCACUACAAACUGGAGGGAAGUGUAUAAUUGCAUGUUUUGAAAUGGCGAUUCCAAAUGAUCAAGCUAUUUUUAUAACCUUGUAUAGGAAUAUAGUGUAUAAGUAGUUACUAAAAUAAGAAAACAAAUUGCUGUGAUGUUGCAUUUUAGAGCCUCUGUCUUUUCUGUCUCAUUUACUACCUCUUAGAUUUAUGAUAGUAAACACUGUAAUCUGACAUCAUUCCAAAUAGUUUAUGUUCCAUGUUCUGAAUAUAUAGCCUCACAUUUCUUCUUUUUUCAAGCAACUGCAGAUGGAACGCAUUUAAUGAAAAUACCCAUGCUGAGUUCUAUCUCUUGUUUGUGAAUACUAUGCUAUGGCUUUGUGAUAUUUUAAUGUAAUUUUUUAAUGAAAUGAUUUGUAAAAGAUAGGCACAGAUAUCAGUAUUUUCUUAUGUCUAUACAAUAUAUGUUUAUAUGAUCACACUAAAGAGAAAUUUCACAUUUUAGAAUCUGACCAUAGCCUCAUGCUUAAUAUGAUAUAUUUGUAUGAACUAAAGAAAAAUCAGUAGAGGCUUCAACUUUUAUAGUCAUAUUCAAGGUUUGGCUACCCUGCAGUAUUUUCGCUUUGUGGUAUCUUCUUCCCUUUUUUUUAAAUUCUUUCUGCUAAGACAAUGAUAGUGACCAUAAAUAUGCUUCAUGCAAAUCUUGGAUUUCUUUGAAAUUUUUCCCAUGAGUUGUUGGAACCAUUCAGCAUUCUAUUAAAACAUGUCAAAACAAUUUGUAAGUUGAAAUUGUAUAAAGGUGAUGGUCUUGACCUGUACAAUCCUAAUACUUGCAGAGUUUAUCGUCUACAGCUAUUCCAUAUAUGUGACUAGCUUUUGAGAAUUUGAAAUUACUUGAAUUUAUUAAGCAAACUAUUCAUCACUUCAAAUAAAACAAAUGAAAUAUUGCACUUUAAAUCCCUUUGCUAUACUUUUCACAUAACAUAGAAUUAGUAUCAAAUGCAAUCUGUAGAAAUGGGAACAGAAAACUUGGCAUGUACACUGUUGAAUAUAACAAUAAAAGCUGGUGAACAAACGA